AGCGUUAAGGGGUAUCUAACGCUUCGUUUCCCGUAAAAAAUCCAACGCUUCUAUAUAAACAGCCGUGGCCGCAGCAUUUUAUACAAUCUUCAAUCUGGUAACGAUGAACACAUCAACGGCUAUUACGUGUGUGGCUGCUUUGGUGCUCUGCUCCUUAGCUCUAUCCGCCAAUGCCCUGCAGAUUGAGCCCCGCAGCAGUUGGGGUGCAGCGCCGGCCCGAUCCCCUUCAAGGAUUUCCGGGGCCGUGGACUAUGUGAUCAUCCACCAUUCCGACAAUCCCAAUGGGUGCUCCACAUCCGAGCAGUGCAAGCGCAUGAUCAAGAACAUCCAGUCGGAUCACAAGGGUCGCCGAAGCUUCAGCGAUAUCGGGUAUAACUUUAUAGUGGCCGGAGAUGGAAAAGUGUACGAGGGUCGUGGAUUCGGGCUCCAGGGAUCACACGCCCCCAACUAUAACCGCAAGAGCAUCGGCAUCGUCUUCAUUGGCAACUUCGAACGCAACGCCCCCUCCGCCCAGAUGCUCCAGAACGCCAAGGACCUGAUCGAGCUGGCCAAGCAGCGGGGACACCUCAAGGAUAACUACACGCUGCUCGGUCAUCGGCAGACCAAGGCCACCUCCUGCCCGGGUGAUGCUCUUUUCAACGAGAUCAAGACGUGGCCGCACUGGAGGCAAAACUGAAAACUUGUUGCAACUUGUCAUAUAACUUUUGUAUAAUAAAUAUUUUGUAAUUAAUAUGUAGUA